AUGGACGAACCAAGAGCUGAAUUCAGACACAAGCAAUCAGCCUUGCUUUGCUUUCUCCUGGGGAUUCUGUGUAAGGACGGGGCUGCCAAGAUCUGCUACUCGGUACCCGAGGAGAUGGAGAAGGGCUCUUUCAUGGGCGACAUUGCCAAAGAUCUGGAGGUAGAGCCUCAGAAACUGUCGGAGCUCAGACCUUGAAUCGUCUCCAGAGGUAAGAAGCAGUAUUUCGCUCUGAACCUAAGAAGCCAUAGCUUAGUGACCUUGGACAGAAUAGGCAGGGAGGAGCUUUGUGCUCAGAGUUCCCAGUGUCUACUGAAUUUCAAUAUUCUGAUUGAGGAUAAGUUCAAACUUUACCCUAUAGAAGUAGAAAUAUUAGACAUUAAUAACAAUGUUCCUUGCUUUGGGUCAGAAGACUUGGAUUUCAAAAUUAAUGAAAAAAUCACUCCAGGAACUAGAUACCCUCUGCCUUCUGCACAGGACCCAGAUGUGGGUGUGAAUUCAGUCCAGAGCUACCAGAUGAGCCCGAACCAUCACUUCUUUCUGCAUGUGCAGAGAGGAACAGAUGAGGCCAAGUACCCAGAACUGGUACUGGAGCAGGCGCUGGAUGGGGAGGAGGAGCCUAUUCAUCACCUCACCCUCACAGCCUUGGAUGGGAGAGACCCGGUCCACUCUGGUACCGUACACAUUCGUGUGACUGUACUUGAUUUCAAUGACAACGUGCCAGUUUUUACUCAGCCCAUGUACAGUGUGAGUGUUCCUGAGAGUGUCUGGGAAACGUGGAUGCUUACAGUGAAUGUCACUGACCCAGAAGAGGGAGUCAAUGGGGAAGUGAUCUAUUCUUUUAGGAACAUCGAAAGUAAAGCAGCCCAAACCUUCCACUUGGACUCUCAUAAAGGGGAAAUAAGGAAUCAAAUAUCCUUGAAUUUUGAAGAAUUAGAGUUUUAUGAAAUGGAAAUUCAAGCACAAGAUGGAGCUGGUUUAAUGAUCGGUGUUAAGUUCUUGAUCACAGUUCUGGACAUAAAUGACAAUGCCCCAGAAGUGACCAUCACUUCGUUCAUCGGUUCAGUUCCAGAAAAUUCUCUCCCAGGGACUGUGAUUUCCCCUUCUAAUAUGCAUGACCCAGAUUCUGGAGAGAAUGGUCAUGUCACAUGUUCCAUUCCAGUGGAUCUGCCCUUUAAAUUAGAAAAAAUAGUUGAUAAUUAUGACAGUUUGCAGACAGACAGGGUUUUGGACAGGGAGCAGGUUUCUGUGUACAACUUUACAGUGACAGUUAUAGACAGGGACUCUGCCACUAUAGACUUAUAUUACCUUUCACUGAGUAUAGCUGACAUCAAUGACAACUCACCCACUUUCAGUCAGUCAUUUUACCUUGCCUACAUCCAAGACAAUAAUCCUAGAGGAGUCUCUAUUUAUUCAGUGACUGCCUUGGAUCUCAACCUGGAGGAUAAUGCUCAAGUCAUUUACUCCAUUGCAGAAGACACUUUCCAGGAGACAUCUCUCUCUUUCUGUGUCUCCAUUAAUUCUGAGACAGGCAUACUUCAUGCUCUGUUCUCCUUCAACUAUGAACAGUUUAGGGAGCUACAGCUGAGAGUGAUAGCCAGGGACUCUGGGGACCCUCCUCUCAGCACCAACAUGUCCCUGACUCUGUUCAUCCUGCAUCAGAAUGACAAUGCCCCAGAAAUCCUGUACCCCACUUUCCCCAUGGAUGGCUCCAGUGGAGUGGAGCUGGCCCCAUGCUCUGCAGAGCCAGGCUACCUGGUGACCAAGGUGGUGGCAGUGAAUGCAGACUCUGGUCAUUCUGCCUGGCUGUCCUACUGCCUACUCAAGGCCACAGAGCCUGGGCUUUUCUCCAUGGGCCUGCACCCAGAGGAGAUCAGGACUGUCUGGACAUUCCUGGACAAAGAUACCCUCAAGCAGAAUCUCAUGGUGGCAGUGACAGACAAUGGGGAACCCCCUCUCUCUGCCACUGUCAGUGUCACUGAGGCAGUGGCUGACAACAUCCCUGAGAUCCUCUCAGAUCGCAGCAGCCAGGCAGCUCCUGGGAUUCAAGAGGACUCUAACAUCACACUCUACUUGGUUAUAGCAAUAGCUGCAGUAUCUUGUCUCUUUUUUGCCUUCCUCAUUGUCUUACUGACAGUCAAGUUACAUCAAUGGAGGAGAUCACAGCUCUUAGGUUCAUCUGAUACCUAUUUCUUGGGUGUCCCUGCAUCCCAAUUUGUGGACACUAAUGGAGUUCAAGCUUUUCUCCAAAUACAUUCACUUGAAGUUGCUUUUACUACUGACUCUUGGAAAAGUCAGUUUAUCUUUCCCCAGUCCAACUAUGCAGACACCUUUCUAAGUUAG